GGAUGUACCUGUAAGAUGGACCUGGGAGCGACUGUGUGGCACACCCAGAUGACAUUGGACACCGAUGUGGAGAAAGGUCCCGAGCUGCAAUGCUCCAUCUGCUUCACCACAUAUGACAAUGUCUUCAAAACACCCAAACAGCUGGACUGCACACAUAUGUUCUGUCUGGAGUGCUUCUCACACCUCAUGGCCAUCUCCAUGGACCCUCAGAAGAGCAAAAUCUCAUGUCCCUUCUGCCGGCACCCUACCACCAUCCCUAAAAAUGGCCUGCCAGCUCUGACCACCAGUCAUGAGGUUCUGUGUCGUCUUCCUAUGCACCAGCAGCAUGAGGAGCCUGUGUGGCUCGAUGGGGACAAGCUGUGCUACAAGCAAUCACUUAAGGCAGGCAUGCCAACUUUCUGCAUUGACAUUGACAUAGGUGCCAGUAGGCAUGGCGCAGGUACUCCACCUCAGAGGCGCUCCAGGGCAGGCCGGAUGUUAAGAUGCACUCAGGAGAAGGUGCUGUGGUUAAUUGCAAUUGUGGUGGUGGUAGUAUCAGACUCGCAGACUCACAUCCUCACAGACUCGCAGUACUGCUGGUUCAUUAUCCCACACUCCGACAACAUCACCUCUGCUCCGCGAAUACUGACGCAGCCAUAA